AAGUGAAGAAGAACAAAAUUGUAAGUACGUAGGUGCGCUUGAAGAAAUUGUUCAUUUGUGAAAAUUAUUGAAGAGAAAGGUCUUGAAAAAUCUUAGAAAUGCCCUACGCUAAUCAACCUUCUGUUACCAUUACCGAACUAACAGAUGAUAAUGUGAAAUUUAUAUUAGAAGACACCGAAUUGAGUGUAGCUAACAGCUUACGUCGUGUUUUUAUAGCUGAAACUCCUACACUGGCAAUAGAUUGGGUGCAGUUAGAGGCUAACUCUACAGUCUUAUCUGAUGAAUUCCUGGCCCAUCGAAUAGGUUUAAUUCCCCUAAUUUCUGAUGAGGUUGUGGAACGUUUACAAUAUACUCGUGACUGCAUAUGUUUGGACUUUUGCCCAGAGUGCAGCGUCGAAUUUACUUUGGAUGUAAAAUGUAAUGAAGAUCAAACAAGGCACGUAACGACGGCUGAUUUAAAGUCAAGUAAUCCGAAAGUGGUUCCGGUAACCUCUAGGCAUCAAAACGAAGAAGAUAACGAAUAUGGCGAAAGCACCGACGAGAUUUUAAUAAUUAAGCUGCGUAAAGGCCAAGAGCUGAAAUUACGUGCUUAUGCUAAAAAGGGAUUUGGUAAAGAGCAUGCCAAAUGGAAUCCUACUGCUGGAGUGUGUUUUGAAUACGAUCCUGAUAAUGCAAUGCGCCACACCUUGUAUCCUAAACCGGACGAAUGGCCAAAAAGUGAACACACAGAACUUGAAGACGACCAGUACGAGGCGCCUUACAAUUGGGAAGCUAAGCCCAAUAAAUUUUUCUAUAACGUGGAAUCCUCAGGCGCCUUAAAACCUGAGAAUAUUGUCAUUAUGGGCGUACAAGUGUUGAAGAAUAAGUUGUCAAAUCUUCAGACCCAACUCAGCCAUGAGAAUCAGAAUGACGCUUUAGCUGUAUAAGAAAACUAAAACUCGAAAUGUAUGUUUGUCACGUCAA